AUGGAUUUUGGAUCUUUUGGUGUAUCAGAUGAAUUAUUGGGUACUGUUGUGCCCAUAUUGGUGUAUUGGGCAUACUCCGGAGUUUACGUUUUGUUUGGAUCAUCAGAAAAUUAUAGGCUGCAUUCAAGAAAAGAAGAAAAUGUGAAGAACCUGGUUUCCAAGCAGACCGUUGUUAAAGGCGUGCUUCUUCAACAAACAAUUCAAGCUGCUGUUGCCAUAAUCUUGUUCAAGGUUACAGGAAAUGAUAGUGUUGCGACAAAAGAUUCAUGUCCUUCCCUCUUUGACCUGGGAACACAAUUCUUCAUUGCCAUGCUGGUUUUAGACACAUGGCAAUAUUUCAUGCAUAGAUACAUGCACCACAACAAGUUUUUAUACAAACACAUUCAUUCUCAGCACCACAGGCUUGUAGUCCCUUAUGCUUUUGGAGCUCUAUACAACCAUCCCUUGGAGGGGCUUGCUUUAGACACCGUUGGUGGGGCAUUGUCCUUCCUCCUCUCCGGCAUGUCCCCUCGAGCCUCCAUCUUCUUCUUCUCCUUCGCAACCGUCAAAACGGUGGACGACCACUGCGGAUUAUGGAUUCCGGGGAAUCUCUUCCACAUUGUUUUUAAAAAUAACACUGCGUACCACGAUGUCCACCACCAGCUCUAUGGCAGCAAAUACAACUUCUCACAGCCCUUCUUUGUUUUGUGGGACAGAAUCUUAGGAACUUACAUGCCUUAUUCACUUGAGAAGAGGGCAGGAGGGGGAUUUGAUGCACGACCUACAAAUGAUUGUAAUUAG